AUGACGUCCACCCUUGUAGCAAUCAUUGUGGUGCUGGCCAUCCGUGGGGCCCCAUUCUUCCCCAUCAAUCCUGAACUCGGCAUGGUAGCCAAGUUGAUUCUACAGAGUAACAACCCGAAGCGGACUACAAGGAACGAAACAUUGUGGCGUCACUCAUACGUCGAAUUGAUUGGCUGCCAAGGUAACGCAUGUUUACUCGAAUUUCUUUGAACAACGUCCUGGUGCUAUCCAGGUUUAUACAUGUUACCUGACUCUAUUUUUACUUGAUCCCUACGCUUCUGCAAUAUUUCACUAACAUGCGCGUGGGUUCUCUAUGUCUGGUCGUAAUAGUUUGUUUCAUGGCGCAGAUCAUCAGAAACACUUUGGUAACAGCAAUUCUAAAUUGCUAAUGUCUAAUAGAUUAUUCAUUUCAGCAGUCAUGA